AAAAGCUUCUCUCCCAAGUCCCAAACCCUAAGAAAAUAAAAACUCCCUUGUCCCGCCGCCCAGUAAGAUUUUAAUCAGUUUCCACCCGCCGGCCUUUCUCAACACACAUCUCCCACCGGAGGAGAAUCCCUAGCUGCUCUCCCAUCUCUUGUUUUCUAGUAGUCGAUUUCCUGCACCUCCGCCGGAGACAGAAGGCAGCCAUGGCUCGCAACGAGGAGAAGGCGCAGUCGAUGUUGAAUCGAUGGGUGGACAUGAAGUCUGAGGAAAAAAGGAAGCCCAAGGAGCGCCGCCCGUACCUGGCUUCCGAGUGCCGCGACCUGGCCGACGCCCACAAAUGGCGCUCCGAGAUCCUACGCGAGAUCGGCAUCAAGGUCUCCGAGAUCCAGAACGAGGGCCUCGGCGAGCAUCGCCUUCGCGACCUCAACGACGAGAUCAACAAGCUCCUCCGCGAGCGCGUCCACUGGGAGCGCCGCAUCGUCGACCUCGGCGGCCCCAACUACACCAAGCACGCUGCCAAGAUGACCGAUCUCGACGGGAACAUCAUUGACGUCCCUAACCCCAGCGGGCGUGGCCCCGGAUACCGAUACUUUGGUGCUGCCAAAAAGCUUCCUGGUGUUCGCGAGCUCUUUGAGAAACCCCCUGAGGUCAAGAGGCGCCGCACCCGCUAUGAGAUCUAUAAGCGCAUCGAUGCUAGUUACUACGGCUAUCGUGACGAUGAGGACGGCAUCUUGGAGAAGCUAGAGGCUACUUCACAGGAAGAGAUGCGCCAUCAAUUGAUCCAGGAGUUCGAGCGCAUCAAAGCCAUCCAGAGUGAGGCUAUGAGGAUGGUCAAGAGUGGUGAGGUCGCAAGUGUGGAACCCACAGAUGCCUCUGUGGCUGUGUCAUUGCUGAUGGAAGAGGUCGAGGAUGUUGUGGAGGAGGAGAGGAAGGAGAGAGAGCGGGAGGAGCUAGAGAAGAACAAGCAACAGGAGUUUGUGGUACAUGUGCCUCUUCCAGAUGAUAAGGAGAUUGAGAGGAUGGUUGUGGAGAACAAGAAGAAGGAACUGCUGAGCAAGUACAUGAGUGAGGAGCUGAUGCAGGAAGAAAAAGAGGCCAAGGAAAUGCUCAAUGUCAAGCGCCCUACAGGAGUGGAGUAAAGGUGAAGCUUUUUCCCUGUUACAAGAGCAAAAGGCAGCAUGUGGUGCUAACUGCUAACCAUCUUCCUCAUGUUGUCGCAUGUGAUGAUAGCACUGCAAAAUGUAUCCAGACUAUUAAAAGAAAGCCUAUUCUCUGUCAAACAUUAAUAUGCUUUAAGCAAAGUGAGGUGAGCUUUUGUAUGUGCUGAGAUUGUAUUACUUUGAAGAAAAAAAUGAUCAUUUAUUACUCUCUCUCAAAAAGAGUAGGGUAUGCUUGA